AUGGCUGCAGAGGGGAGGGCGGCGGCGGAGCUGCAGCCGGAGGGGGAGGUUGGCGGCGAGCCGGAGGGUGGGCUCGGGCAGCUGCUGGACGAGGAGGAGGAGGACGCCGGCUACGUGCUCUACAGGGACAGGAAGGAGUGGGCAGACAUUGAACCUGUCCCUCAAAAUGAUGGGCCAAAUCCUGUUGUUCAGAUCAUCUACAGUGAAAAAUUUCGCGAUGUCUAUGAUUAUUUCCGGGCUGUUCUGCAGCGGGAUGAGAGAAGCGAAAGAGCUUUCAAGCUAACAGCAGAUGCCAUUGAGUUAAAUGCUGCAAACUACACAGUAUGGCAUUUCCGGAGAGUCCUCCUCCAGUCUUUGGGAAAGGAUCUCCAUGAGGAACUUAAGUAUAUUACAGCUAUCAUUGAAGACCAGCCAAAGAACUACCAAGUCUGGCAUCACAGACGGGUGUUGGUGGAGUGGCUGCAGGAUCCAUCCCAAGAGCUUGAGUUCAUAGCUGACAUUCUUAACCAAGAUGCCAAAAAUUACCAUGCAUGGCAACACAGACAAUGGGUUAUUCAGGAGUUCAAGUUAUGGGACAAUGAACUGGAAUACGUAGACCAGCUUUUGAGGGAGGAUGUGAGAAACAACUCUGUUUGGAACCAGCGACACUUCGUAAUUUUCAACACCACUGGCUAUGAUGAUCCAGCAGUCCUAGACAGAGAAGUCCACUACACUCUUGAGAUGAUCACAGCAGUGCCACAUAAUGAGAGCGCUUGGAACUAUUUAAAAGGGAUUCUACAGGAUCGUGGUCUUUCUGAGUAUCCAAAUCUGUUAGAGCAACUGUUGGAUUUACAGCCCAGCCACAGCUCACCCUAUCUGAUUGCCUUUCUUGUGGACAUGUAUGAAGAUAUGCUUGAAAACCAGUGUGAUAACAAGGAGGAAACACUAAACAAGGCAUUGGAGCUGUGUGAAAUUCUGGCUAAAGAAAAAGACACCAUCCGAAAAGAAUACUGGAGGUUCCAUUGCUCUUUUAGUUUCCAGAGAAAAGGAGUACCAUUCUUUACCGUGAAUGAGGUCAUGGGGGUCGGGCAGGUGGAAGUCCUCCUGAGGUUGCAACAGGUCUCAGUGGACACUCUCUUUGCAUACAUCCUAAAUUUCCACAAUAAAAACACUCUAAAGAGUUAG